GAAACCCCCAUCACUCUCGUAUUUGUUUCGACCAUUCAACCGAACUUGAGAACGUUUCAACUAGACGCUAUUCUUUGUAUUUCGUUUUUUUACGCACUCAUAGAGAUUUGGGAGCGUUGUUCUCCGGUCCUCUCUUUGGAAUGAUAGCACUUGUCUCUACUAACGCCUUCUUAUUUUUCUACGCGAAAUUCUCCAGUCACCAUACAUAAACACAUUGUUUAACUGAUUCACGCUUAUUUGUUCGUGGAACAAAGGCCAUAUAAAUAAAAAGCAAAUGCAAGCAGCAACCAUGUCCAACCGCAGUCCAAGCGUUAGGACUGAUGAGGCACAGGGUGUCGACUUCGUGAGCGACGAUGUCGAGUACCAGCCGCCUUGCACACCGAAAGGCUCACACCUCGGCGGCGCACCGAAUGGCACGAUCAGCAAUGAAGGAAACGCCUUCACGAGCUUCCUGCUUAUCGGCAAGCUGAAAACGGUGGUGAACGAAGUUCUGUACAACCUGGAGAACCACAGCAAUCAAUACGACGUCGACGAAUUCAUCGCCGUCACCGAGGACUGUCUACGAGCUCUCAGGACGGUCAAGGUGGAGCGACGCAUUGAGGCACGUCGCAUGACCUUGUCCAUGCGCAAUCAAGGAAGUCCAACUGCGAAUAUUCUCUCCACGCCGUCGAACCGCGACUCCGCGGAGCCGGGGGAGGAGACAGCGCGCUCGGUUGCCGGCGCCGGAAGUCAGGGGCCGCAAAACUACAAGGCGGCCUUGCUGAAGCCGAAGCGGCCCUCCCCGAAGCACUCGCCGAUCCGCUCGACGGAGAACCAGACGAGGGGCGACGUCGAGGCAUCGCGGUACGCCUCUGCGCUUCGCGGGGAGGAGCGCCAACGGCAGGCGGAGGAGCGGCGUUUUGAUUUGAUGCAGGAAAUGAAGCAAAAAUCGGAGCUGUCGGACGCGCGAAGCAUCCGUGCUAAGGCACGUCGUGAGGAGGCGGAGCGGAAGCAGCGUGUCGAGACGCAGGACCGCAUGGAGGGCGGCGUGCGAAGAGCGGAGGAGGCCCGUCGCCAGACACGCGAGAAGGCCCAGCGGGCCCACUCCCACGUUGAUGAGGUCCUGCUGACGAAGGAACUGCAGCAGCAGAACAAGGUGUUGAUGUUGGAAAAGAAGAUGAGCGAAGUGGAGCACAAUCAAGAACAGAUGCGCGAGAAGUUGCAGAGGCAAGCGCAGGAGAGACAGGAAGCGGUGCGGGCAGCGGCAGAGCGUCGCAGAAACUUGAGUCAGGAGCGGCUCGAGAAGCAGCAGCAGCGCGAGCAACACCGCCUGGACAACCUGCGCCGUGUCGAUGAGGAGAAGAAACAGGAGCAGGAGCUGAAGCAGCAGAAGGCGAAGGAGUGGGAGAAGAAGGUGCAGCAGCACCACGUCGACGCCACAGCGGAGGCCGAAGCGCUGAGCCGCAAGACGGAGGAGAAAUUCCAGCAAAGCGCACAGCUCCUAGAGGAGCAGCGUGAGAAGCGCCAGCAGAAGCUUGAGCGACAGGAGCUGAAGCUGCGGGAGGCGAAGAAGCGUCGCGACGAGGAACUGGAGGCGCGACCGACCUUGGCGGAGAUGAUGCCGCAGUUGUCGAAUCAGGAAGAGGAGCAGCAAGCGGCGCGCCUGUCCCGUCUCUCCACGACCUCCGCGCAACAUGCUAAAGUGUUCGCUGACAAAUAUCAGAAGAUGUCAACACAGUCGACCAAGGACCUGAAUCGCAGCCGGCUGCGCGCGGUCUUCAGCCGGCUGUCCGCUGCCGUCGCGACGCCGUCGGUCACGCAGUGCAAGCACCCGCUGAACGAGAUCAACUCCGCCGCGUUCACGGACGUCGAUUACGAGUACGUGCGCUACUUCAACGCGUUUGAGACCCUCAUCAAGGUUUUGGUGGAGGCUCGGAAGGCACGCGACUUCACCGUCUUGCGGCAGACAACGGACAUUCUGCAGUCGUGGUUCGUGGAUGAGAAGCAAGGUCGGGAAAACGUGAUCUACUUCAUCAAGAGCGGCUGUGCGGUGUUGCUGGUGCUGUACCUCGCCGACGAGACGCGCACGCUGCGUCGAGAACAAAACCCCGAGGCUCUGCGCUGCGGGAUGGAGAUCUUCGGCAUCUGCCUCGAGCGCAUCUGUGCAGACGCGCAGACCGCCACAAAGCUCGUGCCCGUCCGCGAUCAGCUGCUGAAGGAUAUGGACAUGGCAGGAUUGGAUCGCAUCUGUGUUGCAAUACUUCGGAUGAGUAAUGAGGAGGAGGACCUGCAGCUCGCCUACACCGCCUUGUGCAUCAUCCACACCGAGCUGGGUGUGCUGACGCGGCGCAAGGGCGAAGUGAAGAAGCAGUGGUUCCAACAAGUCACCACCGCGCUCUUUACGCUGCUACAGAACAUGCUCACCCCUGGUGGGUCGCCGCUGCAGGAGAAGGACUCCAGUCUGUCGUGCGACCGCGUGACCAUUCUCUUUUGUCUCUUUCGCACGUUGAACACGCUGGCGCGGUGGCAGCUCGUAAUGCUGCAGGAAUUGUUGCACGACGGCUCCGCGGACACCGCCGCGACACUCGGAGCGACGACGGCGGCGGAAGGCGAGAACAUCGUUGCACGCGCUCCAUCGGCCGACUCAUCUGCCGUGGUGAUCACACGCACGGAGCUGUUUCACGUGCUGAACGGACUUUUCCGGUACAUUCACGGUCAUCUGGAUGACAUGGAGGUUGUUCCCCCUGCAAGCGAGGACGCUGGGAGCGGUGCAAGCGGCAAAGAUGCGCUGGGCUCUUUUGCUGAGGCUCUGCAGUUUGGUGUGACUCUGAACGCAUUUCCGGUGUUUCCGGGCGCCGCCGCUGCUGAUCCUGGCGUGUCGAUGAAGCCGGGCGGGAAGCACUACCACCUCCGCGCCACCCUUCACGAGUGCAUUUUGUUGGUCGGGUACCUCUGCUUUGACGACGCGCCACUGCAGGAUAUGAUGGGCUGGGGCAAGGACAAGCCGCUGCUCGGGAACAUGCUCAGAGUGCUUCCCAUCACUUACUUCUCCCACGCACGGCACAUUCUGUUCCCCACCGUGCUCUCCGCCCUCCUGCAGAACCACCGGAAUGCGCUGAUUGUCCGCGAGGAAAUGUCGCUCGCCGAGCUGCGUCUAUUUGUCCAGCAGGAGUACGAGCCUCUGACGAAGAAGGCAAAGAUGUACGCGCAGGCGCACCACAAGCAGCUGCUGGCGCACAAGAUGGAAACGGACCCUCGUUUUGCGCUGAGGAUGAAGCUGCAGGGCAAGUCCUGGGUGGACAUGGAGGACGACGACUCUUUGCCAGGCACACCCCGUUCCUCCGAGACGACGAGCACGACGCCGGUCGUGGAAAAAGAGAAUCUGUGCAAGGGACUCCGUGCCACCUCCAUGAACCCUAGUAACUACUUCAAGCUGGAGAGGCGCCUGCCCAUCUCCUACUGGCCAGGGGUGAUGGACCUCCUCGAGAAGCUGCAGCAGAUGUAA